CACACACACACACACACACACAUACACUCAGACACAGGGUCAAGUUGUCUUCUCCGGUGACUGCACAAACACACACACUCACACACACAGAAAAAGUUACUCCGGUGUUUACGUUGAUAACGGGAGCUCACGGCGCCGAUUAAAGUGUCCUGAGGAAUUCCCCUGUAAGGGAAGCAAACCACUUUUUCUCACCCUCCGGCAUUUUGGCUGUAAUGGAGCGUUACGAGUCUCUGGGUCUGGUCGGGGAGGGCAGUUACGGCACGGUGUUGAAGUGCCGCCAUCGAGACUCCGGCCGCCUCGUUGCCAUCAAGAAGUUCGUGGACUCAGACGAUGACAAGACGGUGAAGAAGAUCGCUCUGAGGGAGAUCAAGCUGCUCCGGCAACUGCGUCACGGCAACUUAGUGAACCUUCUGGAAGUGUGGAAGCGUCGCCGGCGCUGGUACCUGGUGUUUGAUUUUGUGGAGCGGACACUCCUGGACGAUUUGGAGCACAACCCAAGUGGACUGGACCUGAACACCAGCCAGCAGUAUCUGUACCAGAUCCUGAGCGCCGCAGCCUUCUGCCACCAGCAAAAUAUCAUCCACCGUGACAUUAAACCAGAAAACAUCCUGGUUUCUCAGGGUGGCGUGGUCAAGCUGUGCGAUUUCGGCUUUGCCCGCGCCUUGGCGUCGCCUGCUGAAGGCAACGUCUACACCGACUAUGUGGCCACUCGCUGGUACAGGGCGCCUGAACUGCUGGUGGGAGAUAUUAAAUACGGAAAGCCAGUAGACGUGUGGGCAGUAGGUUGUCUGUUAGUAGAGAUGCUGACAGGUCAGCCUUUGUUUCCCGGAGACUCUGACCUUGACCAAAUUUACCACAUCGUCAGGUGCUUUGGUAACCUGACUGCUCAUCACCAGGAGUUGUUCUACAGGAAUCCCGUCUUUUCUGGAGUCAGAUUGCCAGAGUGUUAUGGCCAAGUCCCACUGCAGCAGCGCUUCCCUGCAAUCACAUCCACUGCCCUAGACCUGGCACAGAGCUGUCUCCAGAUGGAUCCAGAAAGAAGAGCUCAUUGUUCAGAACUGCUAGAACAUCCUCUGUUUACGCAAGACUCUUUCCACACCAGGUUUUUGAAUGAGCUGAAUGCCAAGAUGCAAAAGGACCACAGAGAAAACUCUACCCUUCCCAAAAUAACCAAAGCCCCAAGGGGAGAAAAGGGUGAAGGAAAUGAGAAAAACCACAGAGGCAGAGACAAUAAACAGCUGGAAGACAUGAAUCACAAAGUUAACAAGGACAAAGAGAAGAAAGACAAGGCGGAGAAAACAAAAGCAAAGCAGCCCCCAAAGCUUUCUAAAACUAUUCGGAACACCUCCGAACCUUUGAUGACUACCAAACAGUCCAAGACAUUAGGUGGUAAGGAAAUCGAUAAUGCAGCAAGAGCUUCAGUAGCCAUGAAAAGUAAACCAAAAGCCACUGGUGCAGGGUCAAGGAAGGAACUUCCUAAGUCAGCGAAAACCCUCACGUCUGAUUCAUCAAAAAGCACCAAGACUGUAACAGAUCGGAAUGAAAAUAACACACUGGUAGAUAAACCUAAACAUGGGAAAGUUGCUUCUCCAGAGCCAAGCGAAAAUCAUUCGUCUUCAGAAGAUUCGUUGGAAUCAACUGUCGACCGAACUGACUUUAGCUUGACACUUCAAGCAUGUCAGCCAUCAAGCAAUGACCAAAUUGAGGUCACUACCCUGACUAUCCCCUCUGUCACCAAGACAUGCAAGAUUUCUACUGCUUCAGAUCAUCUGACCAAUCAAUUGACCAUGGAAACAGAGCAAGAAGGGACUUAUGAAUCUUCAAGAGUCUUACCCUCAAACCUUGAGCCAUCUAACACUAUCUCAAACUCCUGUCCAGAAAUGACCAAAACCAACACGACAUUGUCCAUCAAUCUGCCAAAGACUCAUGCCUCAGAUCUUUCAUCACAAUCCGUAGCAGUUUUUAUGGAGGCCACUGCUGUGCACAGCACUUCAACAGUACCCAAAGGAAUUUCAAAUCAAGAGUUGUUCAAAACUGACUCGACUUCAAUUGCUAAACCCACAAAUGACACUGGGUGUGAAACCAACAAACCUUCAAAGGACCUUCCAAAUCAAGAAGAUAGUUUUAAUAUUGAGGAUCAUGAAUUCUUGAAAAUAAGCCCAGAAAACAAAACAAUGGGAAACCGCAAAUCCAAUAUUUCUGGAAGAGAUCACAAGGAGGAUCCUGAAUCUUCUAAGAUCUCCGGUGUCCAUCAACAGAGCACUUCUAAAUCCAAGAUCGCCCCGGAAUCCAGAACACCAUCGGCUCCCAUACUGUGUGAAAUCCCUAACACUAACUCAUCAGUGGAGACCCCUAUUCCUAAAACCCUGAAAAUCUCAGAUAAAGAGAACAGAAAGGAUUUAGCACUUUCUUUGUCCAUCAGUGCAACAACCAAGUCUUUACUAAAUCAAACCUCAAAGGUUCCUGGAAGCUCAAGCAUUAGGCAAAAGCACAAGGAUACUGAAGUUUCAUCCUUUGAACUCCCUCACUCCAAACCUGUGACUGGUCAAUCUCCAGCAAAGUCUUUUAACAACCACAGUACCUUCACUGGAACAGUGACCCUAAAGAUUCGGAAAACUACAUUUCCUACAGAGGCUAGGAAGAAAUGUGACAACCCAGAAAGGAAGGACUCAAUUACAAGUAUAUCCACUAUCGCAGAUUCGACUUCAGUCCUUUCUACACCAACUCCGGACCAUAGAGCUUUGAAGAGGAGCUUCGUCCUACACAACAUGGCCAAUGCUGACUUUAAUGAGAUUGUACUCCAUUCUCCUCCCCCCUCCUCCACAACCCCUAUCCCCUCCUUCUCUGUCGUCAAUGAUCACCUUACCCUAAGGACAGGUUUUCAUCCUGGGAACCACAGUCUGAGGUGUUUAGACAAGACAAGGCAUCAUGGUGGAAUUUGUAGUCGACUGGCCCGACAAGCUGUGUCGAGCCACGUUACAGCAUCUUCAACAGCAAAGGUAACAGUAUAUAAGUGUCCAACGGAAGCACAACAGAAAAUGUACUCUUACAAAGUCGUCACGCUUCCCUCUCAGGUGUCAGAUAAGAGUCUGAGCAACCAGCGCUCCUUCCUGUUGGAUCGCGGUGGCGUCGCCAUGGCCAGAAAGAAGUCGGACGUCCGCUUUCCAGAUUUAAGCAGCUCCGCGCUGCCAGAGCUCAGACGAAGAGAUGGCAAACACAACGUAGGCAUCGCCAAGGAGCAGAGGAAAGACAAACAGCCGGUUCCCUCCAUCUCCCAAUCAGAACACGUCAGCAGCGACGGACGUUGUGCACACACACCCUGACACACCGCCAUUCUUCCGCUGAGGAUUAACGUUUACUCAUCGCUACAAACCAGAUGACGUCGCCUAAAUUCUAAAACAACCACUUUAGCAUUUUGUUCAGCGCCAUCUUGGUUUUUUUUUUAAACCAGACAUAUAACCAUAUUUGGAGGAGCGAUGGGUGUGGUCUGACUGAGAACUCAAGGACACUGUACGUCCGCCUGCACCCAUUGGACGGUACAAGCUGUCAAUCACACUGUAUCCACGCCCCCAAUACAUCCGGUGCUUUAUCGUCUGUUUGACUGUAAAUGGACCAUAGUGUUACAAAAUGAACAUCAUGCUAUUGAA